GUUUUAUAUUCUGAGAUGGAAAGUGCAGAAAUUUCAUCAGUCGAUCUUCCGGUGGGAUUCCGAUUCAGACCAACAGAGGAGGAACUUGUCAAUCAUUACCUGAAGUUGAAGAUACUCGGCAACAAAAUGGUCGAGCUGAUAAUUCCCGAGGUUGAUGUCCAUCAAUUGCCACCUUGGGAUUUACCCAGCAAGAUAAAUGAACUAUCAAGUAUUAAAUCAGAUGGUGAUGAAUGGUUCUUCUUCUGCCGUCUGCAAAAUAAGUACCCUCAAAGUAAACAGACUAGAAGAUCAAAUGAUUAUGGGUCGUGGAAGAAAACUGGUGGAACUCGCAAAAUCAGGACGCUAGACAAAAGGAACAUAUUAGGUUGGAAGAAAAUUUUGGUUUUCAAAAAAAGUGGAAGUCCCAAAAAUGCCCAGACCAAUUGGGUACUGCAUGAAUAUCACCUAAAUGCUCAUCUUUUGGACACCGUCCUCACUGACCAGAGUGACUUUGUUCUUAACCACUUGAAGAAAAACCCUGACGAGAAGGGUAAGAAAAAUUCAAAGACUCAGAAGACCAAUAUAGGCCCAUCUAACAUGCCUAAAGAGGGCAUCAUAAGUAGCUGGAACAUGCCCGACGAAGUCAUCAACGCAAGUAUCUCUAUUAUGCUUCAAGAAGGUGGCAGAAGUAUCUGCAACACGCCUGAUGAAGUCAACAACUCAAGUUGCUCCAAUGCAACUCGAGUAACUGCCAAAAGCACGGUACCUGAAGAGAUUCUGAAGGUUGGAGGGAGCAUCAAAAUGGUGCCUGUUAAAUAUCGUCAUAGCAUGUUUAGGAAACUAAUAUUAUUCUUGUUUUUGUUGUGACAACAGGAAUCUUUUGUAGAAGAUGUACAGCAGCCACCGCCGCCGCCAAUUUUCACACCAGAAUGCAACUCAUCAGGAUGUGAUUUCUCUGCAACUCCAAAGCUACCCACAGAGACCGGGGAGCAAUUGACUCAUGAUUCGUCAUAUCGGGAUUUGGCGUCUUAUUUUGCUGAUUAUGAACAUCUAGAGGAGAUAUUAGGGUUGUUGAACUCAGAUAGCUAGUUCUAGCGUGACCGCUCUGGCA